AUGGAUUAUACAGCUCCUUAUUUCGGUGAAAUAGACGAAGGAUUAGAAAUUAAUACAACACAGGCAGAUUUUACAAAACAUCAUGAUGAUGAGCCAAGGGGUUUGGAAAUUCCGCUUUACAUCUAUAUCAUUUCUUCAUUGUUGAAUGCGACUAUAUUUAUGAUUGGGACAUUCGGAAAUAUUCUAGUAAUUGUAGUAGUUCUAAAAGUGAGAAAUAUGCGCACACCAACAAAUGUAUUCUUACUAAAUCUAAGCGCAGCUGAUGUUCUAGUAUUGCUUGUUUGUCAGCCAGCUGGGCUGCUGGAGUUUUUCGGGAAGGAAAGAUGGUUUCUUGGAAAAAUCAUGUGCAAACUUGUUCCGUUGAUGGAGAAUGGUGUACUGCAUGUUUCUAUUCUCACGAUGCUUGCUGUGACAUUUGAGCGUUAUAAUGCGUUAUGUCACCCAUUCAAACAUCGGAUGGCAUCAACAAUUUCCGCUACCGUGAAGACAAUCAUAGGAAUUUGGAUAAUCGGAACAAUUCUUACACUACCAUUCUUGAUAAUGACAGAACAUGAGGACGCCAUUUUUUAUGAUGGUUCCCCAAUCAAAGUUUGCCGGACAAAAGUAAACGGAAUGUGGCGCUAUUGUUACACAAUUUUCUUAUUCAUUGCGUUUUUCGUAUUACCAUUCUUCAUUUUGAUUGGCUUUUAUGCUCGUAUCAUUAAACAGCUCAUGUCAGAUAAGUUGAAAUCUCUAGCACAGAAUGACCGAACAGCGGUAAAUGCAUUACGAUCCAGACGCCAAGUUGUUCAAAUGCUUAUAUUUAUUAUUGUUUUAUUUUUCGUAUCACUUUUUCCUAUAAGAGUGCUUUCUCUCUGGCUUAUUUUCACACCUACAAAGAACGCCAUAAAAAUAGGUCUAGAAGCUUACUUAAACCUUAUAUCUUGGGCAAGAAUUCUGAUGUAUAUCAACAGUGCCGGAAACCCAAUCAUCUAUAGUUUGACUUCAACAAAAUUUAAAACUGCUUUCAAAAGGGUACUAGGUCGCAACCGACGGUAUCCGCAGUAUGGCGUCGCGUCAACAAAGUAUAGCUUCAAGCAGAACAAAGACGGAACCGGCAAUUUAGUUUCUACUCCUUUAUCACGUUUAAGUGGUACUCGCCUAUCUUCAGUUAGAUCGAAAGUUUCUGGAAAAUCUCCCACGUCAAGCUCACGGGACCCAAAAGACAAUUCUGAUUUUGAUUAG